GAGAGAGGGAGUCGCCAUUGCUGCCUGGCAGUGCUGCUGAGGGGAGGGGAGCAGAGCAGCUUCGGCUUCAGCCUGAACCACACGGACGCCUCCAAAACCCAGCCGAACCCGCGCUCCGCGGCCGCUCGGGACUAAAGGGAGUGGACCCUCCGCUGGACCCGAGCCCGGAGCGGGUCGCACGCCCUGACGAGCGCCGGUGGCGCAUUGUAAAGCGGAGUUUCUGGCUGUUACUGUGGGAAUGCUUUCUCCUCUGCUCCGCGGUAUGUGGAUCUGGGAGCGACCAUGUUAUUAGGCAGGUGAUAAAAGGAGAAACCGGCUGCUCUAUCCCAGCUUAGAGAAGCCCCAGGAUAGAAACAGAGAUAGCGUUGGAGGGGGAUUCAUCACUACCACGGGAGAAUCAGAAUGAAAGUGCCUCUGUACUACUAACGAGCAGAACUGGAAUGAUAUCUUGACCUUUUUUCCUGGAAGCGACAGAGUUAGCGAUGAGUGGGGGGAUAUAAUGGCCAAGAACAAGGAUGCGCGCCCCCCGACAUUCGCCGUCAGCGUGGUUGGCCUCUCUGGGACGGAGAAAGAGAAGGGGAAUUGUGGCGUUGGCAAGUCCUGCUUAUGCAAUCGAUACGUGCGUCCUGACGCAGACAACUACUAUGCGGAGCACACCUCAGUGCUGAGCACAAUAGACUUUGGUGGACGUGUUGUUAACAAUGACCACUUUCUGUACUGGGGGGAUGUUUCCCAUCGAGGGGACGAUGGGCUGGACUGCAAAAUCCAAGUUAUUGAACAGACAGAGUUCAUUGAUGACCAGACAUUUCUUCCUCAUCGGAGUACAAACCUGCAGCCUUACACCAAACGGGCAGCAGCAACCAAACUCCAGUCGGCAGAGAAGCUUAUGUACAUCUGCACAGACCAGCUCGGCUUGGAGCAGGACUUUGACCAGAAGCAGAUGCCUGAUGGGAAGCUAAACAUUGAUGGCUUUGUUCUCUGCAUUGAUGUUAGCAAAGGUUGCAAUAGAAAGUUUGACGACCAAAUGAAGUUCGUCAACAGCCUCUACUCCCAAAUUGUUAAAUCUAAGAAGCCCAUUGUUGUUGCUGCCACGAAAUGUGACGAGUGUGUGGACCAGCACCUGAGGGACCUGCAGGCGUUCGUUGCCAGCAAGAAGAACCUGAUGCUCAUUGAGACGUCAGCACGUUCUAAUGUCAAUGUGGAUCUCUGCUUCAAUGCCCUCAUUCAGCAGCUGGAUAAAACAAGAGGAAAGCCCAAAACUGUGCCAUACCUGGAAGCCUAUAAAAUCCAGCGGCAGCUUGUGGCCUCUGUAACAGAUAGAUUUGAGAAAUUAAUGGUGCACACCGUAAGAGAUUACCACACCACAUGGAAAACAGUGAUAAACAACAUGAAAGGCCAACCCGACUAUGAUGAGUUCAUCACAUUGGAGGGCUCCAAGAAAGCACGAAACAUGUUCACAAAGCACAUUGCACAGAUAAAGCAGGAACACAUUAAGAGACGGAGGGAGGAGUACCUGACAACACUACCGAAAACCCUUAACAACCUCCUCAAUAACCUGGAAGAGGUCGAGCAUCUCACGUGGCCCGAGGCACAGAGUGUCAUCCGGAACCGGCCCGAGUUCCACUACUGGUUUCUAGUUUUGGAGCAAACACCAUGGGAUGAGACAGACCACAUUGAUAACAGUGACCGCAGGAUACCAUUUGACCUGCUUGAUACCCACGAAGCUGAGAGAAUUUACCACAACCACGUCCAACAUCUGCUCUCAGAGAAGAGAAGGGUGGAGAUGAAGGACAGGUUCAAGAAAACGCUAGAGAGGGUUCAUUUUAUUAGUCCAGGGCAGCCUUGGGAGGAAGUCAUGUGCUUUGUCAUGGAGGACGAGGCCUACAAGUACAUCGCAGAAUCAGAUAGAAGGGAUGUUUACUGUAGACAUCAGCAGGAAAUAGUUGAAAGGGCCAAAGAGGAUUUUCAGGAAAUGCUUUUUGAGCAUGCCGAGCUGUUCUAUGACUUGGAUCUCAAUGCCACUCCUAGCUGUGACAAGAUGAGUGAAAUCCAUGGUGUGCUGAAUGAGGAGCCCAGAUACAGAGCGCUGCAGAAGCUUGCCCCAGAUAGAGAGUCGCUUCUCCUCAAACACAUUGGGUUUGUUUAUCAUCCUACUAAGGAGACAUGUCUGAGCGGGCAGAAUUGUGUGGAUCUAAAAGUGGAGCAGGUUUUAGCAAACAGGCUGGUGCAGCUCGACCAUGGGCGCUCGAAUCUCUACUAUAACAGCGCCAACAUUGAUAAGAUCAACCUCUGCCUCCUGGGCAAGGAGGGUCUGUCACAGGAACUGGCCAACGAGAUCCGAGCUCAGUCCACGGAUGACGAGUACACCUUGGAUGGUAAAAUCUAUGAACUGGAGCUUCUCCCUGUGGAUGUUAACUCCACGCUGCUCUUCAGCCACACGUGGGACAAUGCUUUCAAGCCACAUGGUUGCUUUUGUGUUUUCAACUCUAUAGAGUCCCUCAACUGUAUCGGGGACUGCAUAGGCAGGAUCAGAGCAGAGAUAGCACAGAGUAGGAGAGACCGAUUUGCUCAACCACUACCGUUCAUUCUCAUCCUGGCAAAUCAGAGGGACAAUGUUUGCAAAAACAUCCCUAUCCUGAGGCACCAAGGCCAACAGCUGGCAAACAAGCUGCAGUGCACCUUUGUAGACAUUCCAUCUGGUGCCUUUCCACGUAAGUUCACCGAAUUCCAAAUUAAGCAGGGUCUUCGUGCUGUGCUGGAUGGACUAAAGCAUAACUUUGAUGUCUUUGCCCUUCCGCCUUUUAUCAAAGACGUGUCCGAGGCAGACCUUAGGAUAGUCAUGUGUGCCAUGUGUUGGGAUCCUUUCAGCGUUGACCUCAUCCUCUCUCCUUUCCUUGACUCUCAUUGCUGUAGUGCAGGGCCUCCAGGGCAGCCCAACACAUUAAUACUGGACAAGAUUAUUAGGGACAGCAGAAGGAGGAUCCAGGUCACUGUCCUCUCUUACCACUCUGCCAUUGGUGUCCGCAAAGAUGAAAUGGUGCACGGCUAUAUUUUGGUCUACUCUGCAAAACGCAAGGCCUCUAUGGCAACCCUUCGGGCAUUCUUGGCUGAAGUUCAGGAUGUGAUCCCUGUCCAGAUGGUGGCAAUCACAGACAGCCAGGCAGACUUCUUUGAGAAUGACGCUAUUAAGGAGCUGAUGACGGAGGGGGAGCACAUAGCCACAGAGAUUGCUGCCAAGUUUACAGCACUCUACUCUCUGUCACAGUAUCACAGGCAGACCGAGGUUUUCACACCCUUCUUCAAUGAUGUGUUGGAGAAGAAGGCGAGCAUUGAGAGCUCGGUAGUGUUCGACAGCUCAUCACGUGAGUGCACUACUGGUGCCAGUGAAGACGUGUUCCCCACCUCACCGCGCAGCCACUCCUCAGCCUAUAACACCUACUACCCAGAGUCAGAUGAUGACAAUGAGGCCCCGCCACCUUACAGCCCAAUAGGUGAUGAUGUUCAGCUCCUCCCUACACCCAGCGAACGGGCCAAGUACCGGAUUGACCUGGAAGGCAACGAGUACCCAGUCCAUAGCACACCUGUCGGGGAGCAUGAACGCAACCACAAAGUGCCUCCACCUGUCCGCCCAAAACCAGUGAUCCCCAAACCUAACGUCAAAAAGCUGGACCCCAAUCUGCUCAAGACCAUCGAGGCUGGGAUGCGAAGUAAUCGGCGCAUGCAGCGUGGGCCAAUGACGCACACUGAAGACGUGGAGGCAUCAGACAACUAUGCAGACCCUGUGGACACGAUGCUAAGGCCCAGGGGUCUUCACAGCGAUGACAUAUAUGCUGUACCUGAUGACGCACACAGCCGUCUGGUCAAAAUAAGAAACUUUGGAGGGUUGCAUGGUCUUCACGUAGGAGAGGAAGAGAAUGGAUUCGACAGGAAGUAUCAGGCUGGUCGGCGGCCAUCGAAGUACAAACACCGCUCUAAAAUCCUGUUUAGCAAGACAAAGGCUUACCAAAGACGAUCCCACUCUGAAAGCGACGGAGAGGACACUGGACCUGCUAUGCAGAAAAAGAAGAAGGGACGGGCCCACAGGGGCAGCGAGGAGGACCCUCUGCUCUCCCCUGUCGACCCCUGGAAAAGUGGGAUAGAUAACCCCGCUAUCACCUCCGAUCCUGAGCAGGAGGACAAAAAGCUGAAGAAAAAGAAGACACCCAAGAUGCCAAAGGAGCCGAAGAAGGGAAAAUCCAUCAAGCCCCCCAAGCCUCUGUAUCCUCCCACCCGGAGAACCUGGGAGAGCAAUUACUUUGGCGUUCCCUUGCAGAACCUGGUGACCCCAGACCGACCCAUCCCGCUGUUUAUCGAGAAAUGCGUUGACUACAUUGAGCGAACAGGCCUGACGACGGAGGGGUUGUACCGUGUCUGUGGGAACAAGACGGACCAGGACAACAUCCAGAAACAGUUCGAUCAAGAUCACAGCAUCGACUUCGUGGCGAUGGACGUGGCGGUGAACGCGGCUGCCGGAGCUUUGAAGGCUUUCUUCGCCGACCUGCCCAGCCCUCUGAUCCCCUACAGCCUGCACCCGGAGCUGGUCGAGGCCGCAAAAAUCGUGGACUACAUGGAGCGGCUGCAGGUCCUGAGGGAGAUCACCAAGAAGUUCCCUUCUGUCAACUACCAGGUCUUCAAAUACAUCAUCACACACCUGAACAGGGUGAGCCAGCACAGUAAGACCAUCCUGAUGACGGCCGACAACCUGUCCAUCUGCUUCUGGCCCACGCUGAUGCGGCCCGACUUCGAGAAUAAAGACACGCUGUCGACCACCAAGCUGAACCAGGCGGUCAUCGAGGCCUUCAUCGUGCAGAGCGACUACUUCUUCCACGGUGGCGAGGUGGCAGAGAGCUCCAGCAGCGAGGGAACGCCGCCGCCGCACUGCCACAACAUGGUGGAGGCCCUGCUGCCGCUGCAGCUCCCGCCGCCGCUGCAGCCGCAGCAGAUCCAGCACAGCCUGCACCCCGACCCGCUGAUCUGAGACCAGACCGUCCUGCUGGGACCGAAAUGUGGGCUUGGCUGCUUUCCACCAACAAUCACCUGGAGGAGACAGACAUCGUGAACCUGCUCGCUGAGCGUCUGCCGCCCAGUCUGAGGCGAAUGAGUUUGGCCUUUGGAGACACUUGUAAACCUGUGAAAUCAGCUACUUCCUGGAUUAGAGAUUUGCAAAUGGACGUGGCUUUUGGCUCCGUCUCCCACACACACAGACACUGACACGAGCUGAUGAAUGAUGAUUUAAUGUGGCACAUAGUGACAACACUAGUCGUUAAGCAGGGUUGGGCUACAGGGAUUCUGGGCUGCGUUUGAGACAAGUACAGACAUUUCUCCUGAUAGAAUAGCACACUGGGGCUAAAGAGUCGUCCUUAAGCCCCUCACUCUUCCUCCCACUGAUGGGAAGAAAGGAAGGUUGGACACUUCAUGACUUCAAUUCAAAUCUGAAACACCUGACACGGACUGACUGCUACCUGACUCACUGCCCCACUGUGGGCGGAAAGGAUUUUAGAGUCUUCCGGCAGAUUUCCACAUUUCAGCACAGGAAAACUUUUCUUCUUCUAAUUAUCUGGAAUCAGUCCAUACGAGGAGGCGAGGGAGCGCUCCUCCUCUCUACCGGCGCCCCAGACAUCAAACGUGCUCGCAGAUGAUGGAUUGUUUUUGCUCCGGGAAAUUUGAAAGGAGCUCAGCUUUUAAAUUUCUAAAGACGAGCUGAAACAACCCUGUUCCCACUACGUGAACUUUGACCCCUACAGGGCAGCACAUGCACGAUUUAGCCGGGUCCCUGAUGCCAACUUCACGUCUGUUUGCUUAGUUUGUUUUCAUUUGGAUGAAUUUCUUUUUUGUAUUUUUUGUAACGUCUGAUGGUUUCUACCAGUGUUUGUUCGUGUGUGUGUGUGUCUGUGUGUGUGAUGAUGAUGAUGAUGAUGUGUGAAGGUGUCUCUGACCUGUGGUCUGCAUUACAGACAGCUUGUACCUUCUGCUCAGUGAAGGGAGGAGGGAAAAGGAACUUAACUCCUAACGCUCCGUAUGGGACUCCACAGACUUCACUGCAGCUCUCAUGAAACAUGUAACUGUUCAGCUCUAACUGAGGCGUCUGGUUCUGAACUGGAUCCUGGCGCCGCCUCGACGAUGGCACAUGAGCGAGACAACCACUACGUCGCGAUGCAUCGAGGAGGCGCCUCGGCGCAUUCUCAUCUCUGCUUUAGUUCUCUGUUGGUUUGUUGGAAACGAAAUUUGCAUGUCUCUGUUUUUGCCACUUAGUGGAAAAAAAGAACUUUACAGUUAAAAAAGAGGAAACUCUACAGACGCUCUACUUCAGAUCUGCAUCGUUGUAUCUGAACCAUUUCUGGGUUAAGGGGAACAUUUUAACAGGAAAAGUCAAGCUUAGUUUUUUCUAUCAGUUUUCUUUCUGUCAUGCAAGAAAGAACACACUUAAUAUCAUAUUUUUGGUUAUAUGUUGAAUAGUUUUCCCUAAGUAGAGGAAGAAGUAUAUAUAAGUAUAUAUAUAUAUAUAUAUAUAUAUAUAUAUAUAUAUAUAUAUAUAUAUAUAUAUAUAUAUAUAUAUAUAUAUAUAUAUAUAUCAAGAUUUAUCGGCAGCAGAGAUUGCUGAUUUAGUGAAAUACCACGGGGUACUGGACUAUAUAAUCUGUCAGAAGCUAUAAUCAUUUUUCUUUGUGGUUCUAUUGAGACCCGUUCUUGUUCUGAUGGUGGGGGGGCAGUCAGACAGGUGUUGUAUUCACAUGGUCCCUUGUGUAGAGAAGCAGCUCCGGUCCCUCCUUGCUCUUUUCAUCACACACUAAAAAGGCCAAAGGAGAAUCUUCACAUUCACCUUUGACUCAGCUUUGUGAUCCAGCUCUUCCCCUCACGUUUUCUGCAGGUUGAUUUUCUGCAAACAGCCUGAAAUAAGCGUAAAGCGACAACAACAUCUGUGCUUUAGCGAAUGAGAAGCACAAACUGAGGCUGUGUAGAGUUGAACGUGUGGAUGAGCGUCGUCGACGAGGGAUGCGGUCGUCUCCUUUCAGACACGUCUCCUCCUCUCGGCUCCUUCUGUCGAAACCUGACAAAUGAAAAAUGAUUGAUUUCAGUAAACUCUCACUAAUGUCACCAAAUUGCUGCAGUUUGACUAAAUGUUCCUCCUUCUAAUUUACUAAUGUGAGAAUUUACUACUUUGAUUAACUGAAGUAUUUGAAGGUUUUAACCUGUUGAAGGGAUUUUAUUGCAGCUCAUUUAAAGACAAAAUUCACAAACAUUCCUCAAUAGAUGAAAAUAAGGAUGUGUUUAAUUAAAACAACUCUAAUUAUUUAAACAGGAAUAGGGUCGGUGAUGCAGCGUCAAUAGUAUUGUUUUUAACUUGAAGAUUAUGAACGAAGCCAGAACCCUGACUCUAACCUGAAUUACGGAACUUUAAAGGGCACCUUGAAGGGGACACGUGUCUGGAAUGGCAGCAGUGACAAAUAGUUUUCCUUGGAUAUGUGAAUAAGAGGCGUUAAAGGGCAUAAACACUCCAACUGGAUCGCAGCCAAAAGCCCGUUCUAAGCUUCUGCGGUGAUGGACUGAGGGAUGUUGAAGGGCACAUUGAAGGGAGCGAAUGGAACUGAGCCAAGAGCUUCCUGGUCCAAAGGCUCCAGGUUCUAGGGAGGGAAGGGAACGUCGGUGGGCGGGGCUUCAGCAGCUGCUAGAGAUGUUAAGGUGUUGUAGGUUCAUCUGUCGUUUUCAUUUUGUAACGUUUUAUCACACCGGUGUACAAACCACCUGACUUCUAACAUCAUCCGCUGUGUAUUAUAGUAAAUAAAAUGAUUUUCAGAAAUGAGACUCUAAAACAAAAGUUCUUCUCUUUCUCCAUAAUGUUUCCAAUAAAUUUUCUUUUUUCCAAA